AUGUUCUCCAAAACCUCCAUCUCUACUGCCCGUUCUCUCUUCCAGAGAUCAAGCAGCCUUUUUACCAAACACAACAACAGCGGAAAGAACUUUGAGAAAGUGUCAAGAAGAUUUAAAUCAUCAAAUGCAGAUAAAGAGAAAUAUUUUAAUGAAUACGGAAGCAGACCUGAAUAUUUACAAAACAAGAGAAAGACAUCGUUGCUUCCACUCUUUCUUGCUGGUGGAUUAGUUCCUUUGGUCUUAACACCAAUGUUUGUGGAUUAUUGGAUUAGAAGUGAUCGUGAACAUGGAGAUCCAAACUUGGAGGAAUAUCUUGAGCAUCGUAGAGUUAAGGAAGAAAUAAAGAAGGACAAGGAAAGAAACUCCAGGGAUGUUACUGUUGCUUCAGCAAAGAAGACUGAAGCUACUAAAUACAAGUAUAUUUUAAUUGGUGGUGGCACUGCUUCUUAUGCUGCAUUGAAGGCCAUCAAGAAGAAUGACCCAUCGGCUCAAGUUCUUAUCGUUACCGGUGAGGAAUAUGCUCCCUAUGAACGCCCACCCCUCUCAAAGGAGCUAUGGAGUUCCAAUAAGGCUGAUGAGCUCAAGUUUGUGAACUGGCUUGGACAAGAGACUUCUGUUGAGUAUGAGCCAAUUUCUGCCUAUGAAUCAGAUCCAUCAACCACUCUUUUGACCAAGACCAAAGUCGUUCAAUUGGAUACUCAUAACCAAGUAGUUACCACAUCCGAUGGAAAGCAAUACAGCUAUGAAAAGUGCCUCAUUGCAACAGGAGGAACACCAAGAGAAUUACCAGGCAGCGACCUCUUCCCAAAUAAUGUAACCACUUUCAGAACAAUUAACGAUUACAAGAAGUUGGCUGCUGUUGCCAAGAAAGACAAUGCGCAUGUAAGUAUAUCGGCAUUAAGCUUAAUUUUUUGA